AUGUGUGGUUCGUUGCAGGUGACGUACGGGCAGUGAGUGUGGUACACCUGGGCAUCUGCUGGGACCUUUUCGCCGUCCUGAUACACGUAGAGUGUCUCGUCGCUGGGGGCUGGGGAGAAAAGGAUAGAGUAAGAAGAGGAAUACAGAAGGAGACCAACGCCCGCCGGUGUUUAAGCCAACCAGCUCGCCGGCGUCGCGAUACGGGCCCGCCUGCCUGCGUACCGGCAGCUGAUUGACAACCAGCAAUUCCCCAUUGUCGACCGGGUGCAGAACAAGCGGUAUGAUGCCGUCACAGUCUUCGACGUGCGCCCUCCAAAGCUUCACUUCAUCGACAGCAUUGAGGAAUACGUCAAGUGGGCUCUGCUGUACUGUCGCAGGAUGGCGAGCCCGUCACGGCAUUCUUUGAAUGUUUGCGGCGUCUGCAGGUGGUGCGCAGUCAUUUCGUCGACCAGAACACAAAUCAACCAAGGCCUCGAAGAGGACGUUGCGGCUUCCCCCGUGCUGGAUGGCGCACUGAAUGUGGUGAAAAGUCGUCGACGCUACCUGCAGCACGUGGCCACCACCGCCCACCAACGGCUCCCAGCGCAGAUUAUCCAGGAUGGGGUGCAUCUGCUGCAUCCCGUCCUUCACGAGCUCAUCGAGCCCCUGGCAGCACUGGACGUGCAGUACAGUGACGCCCUUCCUGAAGCCACCAAGAAUCCUGCCACUGACUCGGCGUUCUUCCACCGUUUCGUCGAGUGCGGCAAGCGGUCUUUCAGCAAGUUCGGCCAGCGGCUGGAUACGAUUGUCGUCAUGUCGCAUGUGGCACCCAUUACUACGGGGCGCUUCCUCAACUAUGUCCUUCUCAUGCUGGGCCUGUUCUUUGACGGCAACCUGCAGGAGGCCUUCUACCGUGCCUGGCUCAUCACGAACCGAGCCCCGACCCAGGCAGACGCCCUCGCUAUCGCUCGCCGGUACGUACGAUGGAGGUCCUGCGCUUCGAGCCUGCCAGCACCAAGUGAGUCGACUGGACAGCUGCGAGGACCACACAAGCCCUGUGUGUGUCUGUGUGUGCGGAUGUCUCUCUCCUCUGUCCUUACAGCAUGUUCUUUUGCUACCUGGAGUCUGCCACCGCCGCCAUCAGUGAUGUCCUUUUGCGCAACACCAUCGCCUACCCCGGUACGCCACUGGUACGGCAUAGGACACAACUGCAAUAGUCCCAGCCGGCCCCACACCCCCCGAUGACCAGAGGGGGCUGUGGCGGCCGGCUGGCUGGCUGGCUGCGUAAUGCACGAGAGUGCGUCGUACCCUCCUUGUUCUUCUCGCAUGUGUCCCGCCCUCAGAUCGACACGACUACGCUGACCUUGGCGAGGACCGAGGCGGUGCAAGCCGCCAUGGAUGCGCGACGCAAUGGCCUUCUCGACUUCCUCGAGACACAUUUUAUACGGCGGCCUUGCUCGCUACGCACGACACACGAGAACGGGCUGGUGUUCUGUUCUCUCGCUCUCUCUUUUUCGUUCUCUUUCUCUCUCUCUCGGCUUGUCACUAACAGUUGUGUCGCGUGCUCGUGCCUGUCCUCUGUGUUACAGUCCGGACCGCGUAAGUGGGUCAGCACAGGGCUGACCCACUUACGCGUUUGACCCGCUUAUACGUACUACAGAGCUGACCCACUUGUUUUCCAGCGACUUUUGGAGUGAUAUCUCGCUGUGAAUGAAUCACAGGAGCCUCUCAGAAGCCCAUUGACUCUUUUUCUCGCUCGAAGUCACUCAAAUUUACGAAAUCCGUCGAUCAUCUCAGAAGAUGACAAUCAAAAUGGCUGUAUUUCUCGAUGGGAUCACACUUUCAUCGGUCCGCUCUUUCACAGAGAGAUUCUUCAUCGUCUUGCGGUCAUUUUGAGCCAUGAAUGGUCGGUUUGGAUGGCUGAUUUGAGUCUCUUUGGCAGGUGACCCGGUUAUCCGGUCCGUUUUUGACUGUGUACGGAGUGAUCGGGAUGGGCUGACCCACAUACGCAACUGACCCGCUUAUGCGGUGACCCACUUACGCGGUCCGGACUGUAGCGGGCGACUGUAUGUGCCACGGCAAUAAAUGUCAAUGGGGUGUACGGCAUUUUUUAUUGACCUCCGUUAACUGAUGAUUUGCGUACCCGGCCUGGCCCAACGGGCACAAAGCACAAAAUUCAAUCCCUUUCUUCCUCGUGGAACGCACCCCAAACCCAACACCUCGAGAUUCCCUUCCUCGUUGUGUCGUCGUGUCGUCGUCGGACUUUGUUCGCGCCCUCUCCCACCAAGCCUGCCAGCCUGUCUACUCCUUCAGCGUUUCAGGGAAUGCCCUUGGAACUUUGCAUAAGCUCGCGCACUCCCUUUUUCCUCUUGCCCCUCGGGGUUACAGACACGAGUCUCGUUAAACACAAUAACCAACCAACCAACCAACCAACCUUGCCAGCCGCCAGGGGAGAAACGUGGCAGUGAAGAUGACGAGCACAGAUCGACCGGCAAACAGCAGCCGGGUGAGGCCAUCUCCACGCAAAGCACUCUCUCAGAUCAGUCACGAGCACACACCAAAGGAAUGGCCAGAGUGACUGACCGGUGCUGUUGUGUUGUGUGUGUAGGUUUGCUGCCUCUUCGGAGGUCACUUACGAGCCCCCAAGUAGUGGAAGCGGCGAGCAGCCCACGGGGGGAUUUACGGCUAUGAGUUGCAACGACGUAAGUACUAUGGUACUGAUGUGAUGCUACAGAUGAGUUGAUACAUGAGUUCACUUUGACUAUGUUCAUUUGCAGU